AUGGACAACAAGAAACCAAACAUACUCCUGGAUCUUGCUAUACAACAACUCCUAAGUAAUGAGUCUGCAGCCAUUCAUGCUCUUGAGGUGAUCCCAAGGGAGCUUUUUGUUCCACUCCUCUCUGCUGCAUUUAAGGGUGUGCAUAAGAAUAUAGUGAAGGCAAUGGUGACAGUUUGGCCCUUUGCCUGUCUCCAUAUUGGCACACUAACUGUGCAGGGACCCCAUCGUGAACUCCUGACAACCAUGGUGAAAUGUCUUCAGUUUAUACCUGUCCAGGACUCAGGUUCUAGGAGCCCUAAACUGAGGAUCCUAGAUUUAAGGGAGAAUUCUGGCUGCAAGAUCGUCUGCCCAGAGAUCGGUACUAAGUCACCUGCAUGCAUGUUCUCCUGUGCUCACUCAGAGCACUCAAUCUUGAAGAUGAGGGCCCAGCAUAGUAUUGCAAGUUCAGAACAUGAGGUUCAGGCCCAUAAUCAGGAUAUGGAAAUAAUAGUAAACAUUUCUCUCAGAAGCGGUAAUAUCUUAAGAGAACGUGGAUAUUUGGCUCUGCUUCUAAAUAAAGUGGAACAGAGUUCAGGUUCUUUGCACCUGUGCUGCCGAGAUUUGGAAAUCGAGAAAUUGGGUGUUUAUAAUAGAAACAACCUGAACCGUUUAGAUUUCAAAUGCCUUGAUCACCUGUCAGUAUUUAAGGGUACUCUGAGUGAGGUUACCUGCCUUCUUGCUCAGGUGGUGCACCUGAGAAGACUUUGUCUGUCUAAAGUCACUUGUAGCUCUUUAAAUGGGAAAGUCUUCCAGAAUUUUGUCUCACAGCUUAGGUUUAUGGAACAUCUUAAUGAACUCAACAUUGAUUCUUUCGACCUCAGAGAUCAUCUUGAAGCUGUCCUCAGAGACCUACCAACCAAUUUGGAAUUCUUACAUCUAACAUUCUGUGAACUUUCUUACAAUGAUUUCAAGUUUCUUGCUGAGUGCCCUCAAGCCAACCAUUUAAAGCUAUUGAAUAUCAGCUACAACCCAAUGUACUGGGAAGAUUGUGAGCCCUUUUGUAACCUCUUGCAGUGUGUCUCUGGAACCUUGCAGCAUCUGGAAUUUAAUCACUGCCUUUUAACUGAUUCUGUAUUUUCUGGACUUAUCCCAGCACUAAGUCAGUGUUCCCAACUCCGAGUGCUCAACUUUUUCUCUAAUCCUGUUAGUAUGUCCAUGCUCAUGAGACUCCUUGAGCACUUAACACCCUUGAUGGAGCUUAAACACGUGAUUUAUCCUAUCCCUGUGCAUUGCUAUGGGCGAUGGCAAAUCCAGGACAGUUUAGAUAGGGAGAAACUGGCUAAUGUGCAGGCGCAAUUGAAACAAAUGUUACAAGAGGCAGGGAGGAACGACAUGACUUGGAUUACUUAUCCUGGAUAA